AAAACUUGAUCUUCUUUUUUCCCUUUUUUAUUAUUUUCCCCACAUUUUCUUUUUGAAAACAAAGUCAACGUACCAACCAGGUUGAUCACGAUGCAUUUGUCUUCACCAAGCACUCCUUCUUACUGGCUUCAUGAGGCUCCGUACCAGUUGAACAGCGAAAAUCCGUUGCCAGCCAAAGCAGAUAUUGUCAUUGUCGGAGCUGGUCUUACUGGCAUGUCUGCUGCAUAUUGGUUGACACAGAUGCGUCCCGAGCUCUCGGUCGUGGUAGUGGAUGCUCGUGGUGUGUCUAGCGGUGCGACAGGUCGCAAUGGCGGCAUUAUUUGUCCUGGAUUGAACGACGAUUUCGAAGAUACUGUGAACAGCUAUGGAAUGGCAUCUGCUGAACGAUUGGUCAAUUUUGAUUACCGAAACGUCGAAUGGCUUGACAAGUUUUUGAGACAACACGCUGACAACGACAAGGGCACAUUUGAUCCGGAAUUGACGUGGAUGAAACACGGUACCAUUGUCGCGUGGUCCAACCAACAAGAGGCUGACGAAAGUCGCGAAAGGGCUGAGCAGUUGGCGCGGUCGGUGUCGGAUAUGCGGGUGUUGUCGCCAGAAGAAUUGCAAGCGAUUACCGGUAUCAAGACGUACAAGUACGGUGGACUUCAGAUUAAAACAACUGCUAUUGCAUGGGCGGCCAAGAUUGUGUUUUGUUUAGCGCGGGCGGUGGAGAAGAAGGUGAUUAUUGCCACCCAUACGCGUGUGGACCGUGUGGAAAACGAGGGACCCGUGAACCGGGUGAUCACGUCCCGUGGUGUGAUUGAAACACCCAAAGUCGCUUUCUGCACCAAUGCAUGGACUCAACAUCUUGUCAAAUCGUUCCAUAACUACUUGGUUCCCGUACGGAAUCAAGUCGUCAGUGUGCGAGCUCCGGAAAAUAUGCCACCCAUGGAUUAUGUCUUGAGUGCCAACCGAGGAUAUCAAUACAUGUCGCGUCGUCCCAACGGCGACCUUAUUAUGGGCGGUAUGCGUGACAUUGUGCCCAAUAAGCAGGAACAUGAAGAUGACGAUUCCGUGCUCAAUCUCGCCGUCUCGAGCGGACUGCGCGAUUUCAUGAGAAAUGUCAUGCAGGUUCCCGUGGCCAUGGAACGUGAAUGGGUAGGCGUCAUGGGUUUCUCCAUGCGCGAUGGUCUUCCUUUCGUCGGUUCCCUUGAAAAGCUCACGGGCAAAUCAGGCCAAUUUGUCGCAGCAGGAUUCACCGGUCAUGGUAUGCCGCGAACUUUCCUGUGUGGUCGUGCUAUUGCUCAGAUCUUGACAGAUCAAGAAUUGGAGUCGUGGUUUCCCACCGAAUUCCUGGUAGAUCAUCCUUCGCGAGCCUAUCUUUCCGAUAGUACCGGAUCUAAACUUUAAUAACCUACUCUGCCCAUCACUAUUUAUUAUAUUCCGCCUUGACCCUUUUUACAGAAAACAACUCAUUCGCUUUACUACUGAAUUUCUUUUUUUUUUUUAGACAAAAAAAAAAAAAAAAAAA